CUGUUGUUGGUGUAGUAGGACAUCUCGGGGGCGUGCAGGGAUGCGUGGGGAUGGUGUCAAGGCCGAGUAGCAGACGACGGCGAUGGACGUCGAGUGAGUGUCGAGAGUCGAGUGCAAGUGCGUCGAGGGCGAGUGCAAGUGCGUCGAGGGCGUUGAGCCUUGCGUCGGGUGCGCAGUGAGGGACGUGGAGGUCACGUGUCGCCGCGGCAUAGACGCGCUGCGCUGGAACAUAUUUCCAGCGCGAGUCGGGUGUUCUGCUCUUGCUUCAGUGCCACGACACAAGCCUCGUCUCUCUCUCCCAGACGGCCGUGUCGACGCAUCAUGUCGUCCUACUCGGUCAAAGUCACCGACACCCCCGCCAUCAAGAACGCCCCCCUCAUCGGUCUCGCAGAGGGCAAUGGCUACUUCUCCAACGCCCAGCUCGCCGCCCUAGUCCUCGGCGUUCCAUGGCUUGUCAAGCGGACUCUCCCCGUUCUUUGCUAUGGGGGCUUCAAGACCUACGUUUUCCUCGUCCUCUUACUCGGUAUCCCAAUCACUGCCGCCUAUUGGACUGUCAUGAGUACCUAUGGUCCCCGCAUCAAUCAAAAGGUUCAACUCCCAGGGCGUAACAUUGAGGAGUACAUCACCAUCAAGGAUCCCGAGCUUAAGGCAAAGUACUUUGGCAAGGAGAAGAUUCCCAUGCAGGUCUUCCACGACGCGUUCUUCGACGACAAGGUUGAGUUCAACGGUGAUGUUCUGGAUAUCCUCGAGGCUCGCCACGACUGGGCCAAGAUGGUCUUCACUCCUGAGCUCUUCAAAUACGUCCUUACUCAGAUGCUUCCCGAGGUCAUCCUGCACACCAAGUCUCAGGAUGAGGAGCAGGUUCGCGACCACUACGACCGAGGUGAUGACUUCUACGAAUGGUUCCUGGGUCCUCGCAUGAUCUACACUUCUGGUGUCGUUCGUGACAUUACGACCGAGGAGUCCCUCGAGCAGCUCCAGGACAACAAGCUCACUCUCGUUUGUGAAAAGCUGGACCUGCAACCCACCGACCGUCUUCUCGAUGUCGGCUGCGGCUGGGGCACCCUUGCAGCUUUCGCGCACAAGAACUACGGCUGCGAAGUCACCGGCAUCACCCUCGGCAAGAACCAGACCAAGUUCGGCAACAAGCGUAUCGCAGACAACGGCGGCGACCCGUCCCGCGCGCGCAUCCUCUGCCUCGACUACCGCGACAUCCCCGGCGGCCGCGCUGCGUACACCAAGAUUGUCUCGCUCGAGAUGGCCGAGCAUGUGGGUAUCCGCCGCUACGGCGCGUUCCUCCGCCAGAUGUACGACCUGCUGGACGACGACGGCAUCUUCGUCCUCCAAGUCGCCGGCCUCCGUCCGUCCUGGCAGUACGAGGACCUCAUCUGGGGCCUCUUCAUGAACAAGUACAUCUUCCCCGGCGCCGACGCCUCGUGCUCCCUCGGCUGGGUUGUCAAACAGGUCGAGGCUGCCGGCUUCGAGGUCAAGAACAUCGACGUCCUCGGCGUGCACUACUCGGCGACCAUCUGGCGCUGGUACAGGAACUGGGUCAGCAACAAAGACAGGGUGAUCGAAGUCUACGGCGAGCGGUGGUACCGCAUCUGGGUCUUCUUCCUUGCGUACUCAACCAUUGCCUCUCGCCAAGGCACCGCGGCCGUCUUCCAGAUCACGUUGCACAAGAACCUGAACGCCUACCCGCGGAUCCUCGGUGUGCCCAGCCACACCUCGAUUCACGUGCACCCCACGCGUGAGAUUCACCCUAUUGAGUGAGCAAUUCAGUUGAUAUCUCACGGAGUUCCGAAGGGUCGAACUGGGUAAUCGAGAACGAGCAAGGGCCGCCUGGUGCCACAGUGCCACAGCGCGAUCAGUUACGUUACUACGUACGACCAUUGACGAAUCACGAAAGUUAUUCUACACUUCCGGUGUUGCUCCACCUAGUGGCAAUGAUGUAUCUAUCGCGGUUAAUGGGCCGGAGAAAUAUACUUAGAGACACCACC